UGGCCACCGGGCACCUCUCAGGUGCCCCCCCUCCCUUUAGCGAUUUUCCUUGCCCCCAGAGCAUCCUUCUACCAGUCCCUUUCCUCUGUAGGACAGACAGGGCUGCCGAGUGGCUUUAGGUUGGGGUGAGAGGUCCUGGACAGGGGGGGUGUCCUACCGACCUAACGUCACAUGUAGCCUUGACUUGGCCGAGUCUCAGUCCUGCCCUCCCUGACCCUACACGUGCUGCAUGCCCUGGCAGCCCCACCAGCCGCUGCCCAGGACAGCACCCCUGCGACUGAUGGCCGGCUCCCAGGUGGGCUUGCCAGGAGGCCUCAGGCUGGGAGGCCCUGAAAGCCAAAGCCGAACCCCAGAGGGUGUGGCUCCCAACAGGCGCAAACAAAAGCCCCAGAGCCAGCCCAGAGAUCUGCAGAGCCAUUCUUUUCCUGGCCUCAGAAAUGGUGCCUAUGAGGUCCCCUCUGGCCCUGCUCCUUUACCUGCUGGUGAUCACUGAAGGCUGGGGCCGAGAGCCAGCCAGCCCAGGCUGCCACCUAUACCCCUUCAACGUGACUGUACGAAGUGACCGCCAAGGCACCUGCCAGGGCUCCCACGUAGCCCAGGCCUGCGUGGGCCACUGUGAGUCCAGCGCCUUUCCUUCUCGCUACUCCGUGCUGGUGGCCAGUGGCUACAGGCACAACAUCACCUCCAUCUCUCAGUGCUGCACCAUCAGCAGCCUGAGGAAGGUCAAGGUGCAGCUGCAGUGUGGGGGCACCCGGAGGGAAGAGCUGGAGUUCUACACAGCCAGGGCCUGCCAGUGUGACAUGUGUCGCCUCUCACGCUACUAAGGGCCUCCCCGCGUCCCAGGUUCCCAUGGGUGGGACCAGCCAGCACCUGGGAUGCUGACCUGCGGGAGGCUCUGGCCCUUCCAGUUACUUGCUGGGGUCUAAAUGGGAAUGCCCAUCCCCUCUGAGAGCAGUGUUUGCCUCCUCCUGCCCCCACCCAGCCCCACCCCUCUGCCCUGCCCCUAAAUAAACCAAGCCCAUCUGGA